CGUGCUCGUGCCCGCCAAACGAAAUAGAAAAUGGCGAGUCAGUGCAAAAGGCAGCAAUGCACAAUCGACAGGCGCGGCUUUCGGCAGGAACUUGACUCUUGGCGACAUAAACUCAUUCACUGUGUAGGUUUUGAGAGCAUUGUCGAAGGUCUGUUUGGUCCAGAGCUGGUAGAAGACCUGAAAUUAUUUAAUGACUUUGAGCCUACGGCAGUGUCUGACUGGUCAUUUGAUGAAAACUGUCUAUUCUGCUGUUUGAGACGAGACAAAGUAAAGGAACACCUAAUUGGUUUAAGCAACGACGGGCUCGAAGAUACACCCAAACCUCUCCUGGUAAAAGAUCAGACCACAAUCAACAGACUAGAAAGACAAGCCGAGGAAUUUCUCAAUGCAGUCCUCUGCAGAAAAGAUGUGCCAAAUUUCUCUGACCCACACAUUCCAAUAGUGGCUCGAGAGAUCCUUCAGAAAAUGAUCAGACAGUUUGCUGCCGAAUAUACCUCAAAAACCAGCCCCCCUCAGGACAGCGGCUCUGAUUCCCAGCCUUGCUCUGACCAAAGCCUGCCGACCCCACCCUUGCUCUCAGGGGCCUCUCCUCCUACCAGCCCUGCUGCCACCUCGGCUGGGCCUGCACACAACCAGAACCCCGUCCUCAGCAAGCUCCUCAUGGCCGACCAGGAUGCUCCUCUUGACCUCACUGUCAAGAGGCCCCCGGCUGUGCCUAGUGAACAAGAUGGAGUUCUUGACUUAUCUAUCAAAAAGAAUCGCUACAGCAGCAGCCUGCCUGUCCAUAGUCCCUGCCUUUCUCCAGCCACAUCCACACUCAAAGGUGAGUCUCCAGACUUGAGUGUUGCAAAGGCUAAAGACCUGCAGUCCACCUCCACGCUGGAACAGUUCAUGGCCAAACUCUGUCGCCACCAUCAGAGACAGAUAGUCAAUGCCAUUGGUUUUCUACAGACGGAGGUCAAAGCACUAGCAUCUUCCAGUGCACAGCAAGCUUCUAACUCUACCUCUGGUAUCUUGGAAACUGCUUGUUCCAGUGCAGUCACACCUGAAAAGUCAUGCCCUGAGCUGAAGUUUACCAGUGAAUCCACUCCAAAGUCAGAAGUCCAGGAUAUGUCCAAUUCUUUCCCAAGCAGCUGUGCAACUAAAAAAGAUCCAGAGAAUGGAGUGUCGCUGAAAACAUCUGCUGACCCUGCUUUGGAUCUUCGCAGCCCUGGGUCGGGGAGUAACCAAGCUGUGGCCAGUCCCACCAGUAACCCAGUGGACGCAGAGACCAACCGUCAUGGUGAUCAUGCUCCUCUUAAGUUGAAAAUUAUGACCAGCAACGUUGCUGCUGGUAAGAAGUUGUCGUGUGUGCUCAACGCCUCUCUUUCAUCUCACUCUGACAAUUUGGAGGACAGACUGGUUAACUCAAAUUCAUCCAACAGAACAGAGACUCAUAGUGCCAGACUCAGCUCCUCUGUGAAAAGACACAAUCAGACUAGUCACACACAUCAAGCUAGGCAGAGAGAGACUCUAGGGCAUUCGAAAGAUUCACCAGAAAAACUAUUUUCAAUCCAUAUGACGAUUCCUUCAGACACUCCGCGGACUGCCAGAAAAACCAUCAGGUCUUCGUCUGAUCAUCUGAUUCGGGACUCUACUUGUAGGGGAAUGCCUGACCCUGAUCUCGGCCACUGUGACAUUGUUUUUAUUGAUAAACCAAUUACAGAGUGUUUUAAGGAAAAGCGGCGCAGCAUGCUCCCUCGCCGCAAUGCCAGGAAAAGCACCAGAGGACAUAUGUAUUCAGAUGAAAUCUGGGAGUUAAAAACUGUCCGUACAUUGGCUGGGAGGGGAAACUGUCCUAAUCCAAUGCCAGAGUUGGUCACGUUGGUCACCCCAAGACAAAUACUUUCAAAGCCUGACGGUGUGCCACCAGUGGAUAUGCCUUUUGCUGGAGCAUGCAGGGAGACAAUGAAUCAACAAAUGACCACAGAAGAGUCAGAUGAUGGUGUGAUACUAGGUACAGGAGAUAUAGUGGAGGAAGCAGCCAGUGAAGCAGACGUUAUAGUUGAAACUAGUCAGACAGAUCAAUGUCAGAGUAAAGGAUGGUCUGCUCCUUCUCCGAUAAGGUCCCCAACAGAAAACAAUGAAACAGACAUGAGCACAGAUGUAGAACAGGACACAACUGCAAAUUCAGGGACAACAGGAAGUGAAGAACGUGUUGCACAGGCUCCAUUUGAAGCAGAAAAAGAUAAGGAGCCUGAGCCUCAAGAGAACAUAUGUGAAAAUACUGAGCAAGUAGUCACAGAAACUGUAGCAGAAACAUUAGCAGAACCGUUAGAGGAUACUACCAUAGGAGAAGAUGUGCCCGAACUUUCCUCAGAUAACAUGCACAACAGUGAGCCUGUUCUCCAGGAGAAUCGCACCCCAUCACCGGUGGCUCAAAUUGAGGAAGAAACUAAGGAAAAUAAAAGGGAGGAAAUACAAGAUGAACAACCUCAGGAACUUCAACAAGAGACACAGAUACACUAUGACAACUUUGAAGUGACAGAAAAGUCCAACACCUCAAGUUCAGCAGAAGAGCCGAUUGAGAAAGCGCAAGAUAUUCAAACAUCUGAUGCAGUUGAAAGUGUUAUGCCUUCAGAGACUGAAGGUGACGAAGAUGAAGACUUGUCCUCAAAGACGCUUGAUGCACUCUUGAAGGAAUUACCCCCUUGGCGUAGAAAAAGAGGUACUGUCGUAUCACUGCCAAAGCGGUUGAGAAAAAAUGAAGAGGUGGUUGUUGGUUUCGUCAAUGGUAGACCCGUAGCAGCCUCUGACAGAAGUCUGCGCCGUAGAUCAAGUAACAGCAGCACAUCACCUUGUAAAACCCCAGUGAAAUCUAGUCAGAAUGUCCCUAACAAGAGUUCUGUUGAUUCAACUGUUGCAAACAAAAAUUUGGAGAAAAUUCUACCUGAACCAGAGAAAGCUGUAGACUCGAUUGAGCAGGUGAAGGAACCAUCGCCUGCCACGCCAUCAACCCCAACAACUAAAUUUCCCCCAAGGACCAACAAAAUCCAGAAACAAAAGAGACUUCAGAGAGAUCAGGAUAGUUUGCCUGCCCUCGUUGAUCAGCGACAACUUAGAUCAGGCAGCCAGAGGCCAGCUGGGACUCCAGUAUCACCGCCCAAAUCAAAUGCUGUCGCUAUCAUUUCAUCUCUAAAACCUUCUGAAACCAAUGAUCUUCCAUCUACAGAGCACCUCCCCUCUGCCCCCCUUAAUUCUUCACUUCCUGUUACUCCUCCAAUCAAUUCAUCUUCCCCUUCAGCCUCUGAACAAUCCCAACAGAACACAGCCCCAGCGACGACUGUGGAAUUAAACACUGAAAACACUCAGCCAGCAGGGACAACCUCUGAAGAAAUAGAAAAAAACAAAGAAGACAAUAGACCGCAGGCCACACAGGAAAGCCCUUCGAUGAAGGCUGUAGUAGACGACAGUAAGAAUGAGAAACAGCAGCUAAGCGGUGAGGAAACAAGUCCUGUAGAAAAUCCUGUAAAGACUGAAAUGCAAUCACAGAUUAUGCCAUUAAGAAGUAAGCGCGUUCUCCGAAAGGAGGCGGAAGCAAGUGAUGUUGCUUUGCCGCAGAAGCCGAAUGUAGCAUAUGUAAAAGACAGGUCUGUAAGUGGAGAUGAUAGCAGUUCUUCUAUGUCAGACAAACCUACAAGAAUGCCACUACGGAGUGAGAGCAGUAAGGUUGAGAUGUCCAGCCAGUCUGUUACUCAGUCAUCACCAGUGGACAACAAAAAAUUGGCUUUGAGAUCACAAAGAUUGGCUGUACCCUCGAGCAAUGCUCUUACUGCAACUGGAAGACAGAGUGAUGUCGCUUCCCCUGUCAGAAUAAAGGCAGAAAGAGUAACCAAAGCUCAGGUGAGGCCCCCUCCAGUGUCUGUUGCAUCUGUGUUGCCCCAUAGCUCAGCCGUCCAUGUCUUUCCCCCAAGACUUGAGCCCCCAAAACAAACAAAUAAAUUCUUUGAGACUAUGACUUCAGAGGAAAACCAACACCUUAUUUCAAAUCUGAACAUUAAGUAUGAUAAAAUGCAAAAAGGCUGGGUGCAAAUGGACAAAGAGGGUCAGCCAAUAACAAAAUACAAAAACAAAGCAGACAGACAGGCAGCUAUAUGGAAAAGUAAACGUAGGGCACGAAAAUCCAAGUCUUCAGACCACCAGAAAUACUCACCGGUCCAAAUGCUCUUCAUGAAAGGGUUUAAUCUCACCAGUAUUUGCCGCUGGUUCCUUGAAACAACAGAAACAAAGUCCCUUGUCAUCGUCAAGAAGGUAAAUACACGUCUUCCGUCAGAAACUCAGCUGUGCUUCCACAGCUCAUCUAGUGCUUCAGGGAGCUCUCAGGGGGUAUUUCCAAGCCUACAGGCAGAACGCUUAAAGAAACAUUUGAAAAAGUUUGCCAUCGCCUCUCCUGUAAAGAGCAACCCCAAGAGUCAAAAACUGAUUGCUAGAGCACUGGAGCAAGAGGCAAAUGCAGUCAAAGGAAGGGAGAAAAGAGAACCUCCCAGUGCUACUCAGACUCUGUCUAAGUUACACUCCUCUGCUGAAGUACAGAUAGGUGAAUCCCAGAAGUCCUCUGGCAAAUCGAAAAAUCCAGCUAGUGCAAGGAUCUUGAGAAAAUACUCUAACAUCCGAGAGAAGAUGCAAGUACAGCAAACCAAUGUUCGACUCAAAAAGGCGUCAAAAACCUUGAAAGCAAACAAUAUCAAAAGACUUACCAACAAAAAGUCUGCCUCCAAAUCAAAUCUGAAACCAUCUCUGAAGGCACAGAAAUCCGCCAUACCUGUCGGUAAACAAAUGAAAGCAUCUGCAGCAAAAAUGGAAAAAAGGAAAACAUUGGCUGGCAAAAGAACUACAAAGCAUCCAGUUCAACAGAGGGCAGUCAGGGCUCAGAGCAGUACCAGAGCUUCAAGAGAUACAACUAAAAAAGACAAAUUGCCAAAGAGAUGUUCUCAACGUCUAGGGCCUCCUAAAAUAUCUGAACAUAACCCUGUCGACACAUCUAAAAGCAAAGUAGACAAAAAGCAUAUUGAAGCCGUGAAAGUAGAGGUGGAAAAACCUGCUGUGAAUAAAGUGAUUGCUACAAAAACCCAAACAAAGGAAUCAUCACAAAGUACUGUUGCAGAGAUCAAAGGUACAGAGAACGCUGUUGAGACCCUGCAGCAGAGUGCGGAUGUCAAGGCUCCGACCUCACAUGACCAGGUACUAACAAGAUCCCAGAGAAAAAUGGAGGUGGCUGUCCCUGUUUGUGUCAGUCGUGUUUUAAAGAAGGCCGCCAAGGUAAUGAAAAAACAAAAUGCAUCUCCAAAACCAGGCAGGAAAGCUGAGGGACCAACACUGACAAGAAGAGGGGCUCCCUUAAAGCUCCCUGCUAAGAGAAAACAAGCAACCUUGUUGCCACGAAGUGGAACAAAAUCAGCAACCAAGAGAGCUCAGGAGCUUUUAGAGACCCCAGCUAAGCGCACCAGGACAUCACUCGCAAAGUGAAAUGCACCCGUAGAUAGAGAGAUCAUCUUUAUUAAGAGGAUUUUGUGAUGUUCUUUCAUCUGGAACAUAUUCAGGACCAGAAGUAUCUAUUUUCUAACCUUGUUUUCAGUAGGAAAAUGUGUGAAGAACAGGUUUUGAGUCAUUUAUGCUUUUGUAAAGCUUAAGUGUGAAAAUACAAAUGUGAUGCUGAGCAUUUGCUCUAUGUUCAGGGACUACUGACAAGUCCUACAUGAUGUCUAGCAGAUGGAGUCGCUGUUUGGCUUUCUGUUCAGCGCUCUGUGACACGGCUGGAGAUAACUAUAGCCUAUCAAACCUUAUUUUAAAAGUUGAGAUAACAAACAUCAGACUUUGAUGCAGUUAUCAAGUUGACAUUUAAUUCACUCACCAUCUUGUUUUUGUUUCUUUUUUGCCAUUUUGUAUAUAAUUCUUGUUUUAGAUGAUAGCAUGCACUGCAUUUACAGUUAAGAGAGCUUGUUAUGAGAGGGGAGAUGAUCUUUUGAAUAAGAUUUUUACUUACAGGAAUUAGACAGUUUGUAUCUUCAGCCUGUCUUCCAAUCACAACAUUGUGAAAAUGUGACUGUUGUGACCCGGUGCCUUAUUUAUGAAGUGUAAAGUAAUAGAAUGUGUUGCUAAAUGUGAAAAGUCCUGUCCUUUAAACAACUUUCAAUUCCUGGAAAGACGGUCAACAUUCAUUUGCUUCACAUAAUGUGUGCAAAUAUACUUUCUGUUCCACACAGUAUGUGCCUCGUGCGUCACCUGUAAACUCUUGUGUUGACUGAGGCAUUCAGAUUUUCUGAUUGACUAUUUCCUGACAGGUUUAUUUUUAUAUUCCCAUAUUCCCAGAGCAUUAACUUAAUAUCGUUCUCACUAUAGUUGUAUUAGAUGUUAAUGCAAAUACGAUUGAAUUGUUAAAACAGACAGGUGUGCUCUGUAUGUGUCAUGACAAACGUUUGUAUUUCCUAUGUUUUGGGUCAGUUUUCAUCACUGUGUACCUCUGCAGUCACUGCUGACCAUUGCACCUAUUGUUAUCUACUCAUAAUAGUGACUCCACUUUGAGUAUUUUACCUGCUUCUGCAUGUGCUAAGUCUUGUCAAUGUGGAGACAGUUUUAGCAACUCCUGCAGUAGAGCUGUUGCAUUCCUACAAGUGAAACCUACAACUAUAUUUAUGCCCCUGAGCUUUGAAAAUGCUAACCUCAUUCAAGACUUUGUGUGAACACUUGGUGCUCAUCAAAAAGCUGUACUGAAAUACUAUCGGAGAUGACUUUGCGAUACUGCCUUGUGUAUCACUUUGGCAACCACAUUUCCCAAGAAAAAGGCCUGAAAAUUAUGUAUAUUUGAUUUGUUGAUAUGAAUGUUUUAAAAAAAAAAAAAAAGAAAAUUUCAGCCCUCUUUAGCAUUAAUGGCACAUUGCAGGAUGAUAAAGUCCUUCCCCUAUUAAACACAAGUUGGAGAUGACAUUUUUGGGGUAGUCUAGUCACACUUCUGAGUUGUGUAUCCAUGUAUGUUGCAGUUUUAUGUUAUUUUUUAUUAUUGUCAGGCCGAUGUUCUCAUAAUGUGAAGUUUCUGAACUUCCGCAGUAGUAACUUACAUUAGUGUAUUGUCAUUUGUCAUUUUAAGCACAGUGUUAUUAUUUUUUAUUCUGGUCAUUUCUCUUUAGAGCGUAAAUCAUCUGUAAAUGCAAAACAUGUUCGUCAUGUUUUUAUUGUUAUUUAAGAACUCCAUGUAGGCUAAUGACUUUAGCAAAUCUAAAACAGCCCACCAAAUAUCAGACUUGAACAUGUUUAUUCUUUACAGUUGCUAUUUAAAUAUUUUGAUUUUGUAUAUUAGAAAGAAAUACCUGCUUUAUUUGUGGUAAUCCCAAGAAUGAAACAUCUUUAUGUUAAGAGCUUUGUAUUUUUGCUGGAGUUGAUAUAAAGAUGUUGGAAUUUUAUCUGUCUCUCGGCUCAUUUAUACCAUUGUUUUGGAGGAGACUCAUGCUGAAUUUUCAGUUUCUUACUUGUAUUUUGGGGGAUUAGUAGAACAUGUUUACAUGACUUUAAUGUUCAAAAACCUUUUUUUUUUUCUUAUACGGCCCGCGGCUCAUUCACCUCUAUUACAGGUUUCCUUGAAGUUAUCAUUUACCUACAAAUCGCAAUAUUUGUAAUAUAAACACUGUAGUAGCAUGCAUGGAGCAGAUGACCGUAUAAAGAUAUCCUUUAAGAGCUCAUGUCAGCAUGAGCGGAGAGUAGAAUAAACGGAACAGGUCAGGAAACGGUUUUGCUCACAUGGAUUACUUUUACAUACAUGCACAGCAUUUGGCAUUUUGGCCGCAUUUAAUAUGACCAUCUAAAAUUCUGUAAUAUACAGUAGUGUUCAAAGUAAUAGCAGUCCAAUGUGACUAACCAGAUUAAUCCAGGUUUUUAGUAUAUUUUUUUAUUGCUACAUGGCAAACAAGGUACCAGUAGGUGCAGUAGAUUCUCAGAAAACCAACAAGACCCAGCAUUCGUGAUAUGCACGCUCGUAAGGCUGUGCAAUUGGGCAAUUAGUUGAAAGGGGUGUGUUCAAAAAAAUAGUGUCUGCCAUUGACUUUACAAACUCAAACUUUUUUGUUUCUAGGAAUUAGCAAUCCUGUGAAUCAUGAAACUAAUAUUAAGUUGUAUGACCACAGUUUUUUAUAACUGCUUCACAUCUGUGUGCCAUGGAGUCAACCAACUUGUGGCACCUUUCAGCUGUUAUUCCACUCCAAGAUUCUUUAACAACAUUCCACAAUUAAUUUACAUUUCUUGGUUUUGCUUCAGAAACAACAUUUUUUGAUGUCACCCCACAAGUUCUCAAUUGGAUUAAGGUCCGGGGAUUGGGCUGGCCACUCCAUAACAUCAAUGUUGUUGGUUUGGAACCAAGAUUUUGCUCAUUUACUAGUGUGUUUGGGGUCAUUGUCUUGUUGAAACACCCAUUUCAAGGCCAUGUCC